AUGAUGCCUUCUCACCGACCGAACCAACAACCGUGGGCUUCAUUUCCCUUCAUCCUUUCAUUCUUCCAUCCCUUCAUCCCUACAUCCUAUCGUAAUCUGUCUUCACCCAAGACCACAUCCUCCACACCCUCUUUUGUGCUGAAGCGGUACCCUUUAUGCCGCAUCAUGAGUCGCAGCAUCGUAUUGGGCACGAUCAGCUUCGAAGAGGUGCCGGCACACCUCGAGCACCACGCUCAUCCCGCACUGCAUCCCAGCGCGAUCGAGGAGGACGAAGACUUGGACGCACGCUCGCUGGUCUACCUGCUGGGGGACAACGACUUUGAGCGCGCUGCCGUCUUUCUUGCCGCUGAAGAAGCAAGGCGCCGUGCCAACGCGCUUGCUCAAGCCGAAGCCGAAGCCGAGGCGCGCCGCCAGCAAGCGCAGCAGCAGAGGGCGCGUGCGCUGGCGCAACAGCUGGAACAGCUCCUCGACGACGAUGAACAGCUCAUCGACUUGCUUGGUCGACGCAUCCUCGCCAUCAAUGGCCAUCAUGUUCAGGACCUCUGGCAUCCGCACCAACACGAUAGAUAUGCGCACCUUGGCGGCCCCUCGCAUGCCUCGUCCUCACACGCUCUGCCCCGCGCAGGAUUUGAUGGGCGGAGGGACCUGCAUGCGGUUUGGGGCGACUACGAUGCAAGUGCAGGCCCCACAGGCGCUAGUCCGUUUAUCCAUGCCUCGCCGCUAGUCGUACUCGGCAAUGCACCGUACCGCCGCACGAUCGCCGAUCGUACCGCAGGACCUUCUGGAGCGAAGCUCGGCUCGCGAGUCGCCAUCCACCCUCUGACUGGAGUACGCAUGCUUCUGCAGGAUGACCAGUUCGUCGAGCUUCCCGACGCUGGCGACGAGAGCGAUGCCGAGUCGGAAGAAUGGGCGGUGCGUGACGAGUCGGACAUCGACUGGCUCGGGCGCGAACUGCUGCGACGUCGCCUGGGAGCUGACGUGUGGGUGAUCGGUACAGAUGACCGCUCCCCGCCGCCCGUGUCGCCCAAGCAGGCCAAAGAUGAAAGGAAGCAGGAAACGGUGGCGGCAGUGCCGGUGUCGGUUGAAGAGGUGGAGAGCGACGAUGAACUUGUUACCGCCGCCCAAGAAAUGGCCACAGCAAGUCCAGGACCCAGCCACCGCGACACCGGCGCAAGCCCAGCGCAGGCUGAAACACGCAGCAGCAACGACAGCACAGCCAAUACGAGCGGCAAGACCAGGCAACGCGCAGCUACAGUCAUGUCCGAGUCCGAAGAGGAGGAGCUCGAGACGGUAGGAAGAAUCGUCACUGAGCCAGCCGCCAGUCUCAACGACCGACCCAGAAAAGCAGUCAAGGUCGUGGAUCGUCGCUGA